CUGUCACAACAGACAACAAUGACAGAGCCAGGGCCAAAGUUCAAAACAAUUAAGUUUUUAAAGAUUAUUUUCUGCAGUUUUUUCAUCACAGUGCUGCUAUUAUUUAUCAUAGCGUCUAUCAGGACUCUUUCACUGGACGUAAAUGUCGGACUUCAACUCGCAAAUUGGGAAAAGACGAGUAACAUCUCACCGCUCAUAGACCAGCACCAGAGAGAGGAGCUUCUUGCAAACUUUAAAGAAGCUAUCCGGAUCCCCACCGUGUCCUUCUCAGAGAGGGAGAGCAACGCCACCGCGCUGCUGCAGUUUGACAGGCUGCUCCGGAAAGCCUUCCCAACAGUUUUCUCUUCAAGCCUGGUUCGUCAUGAAUUGGUGGCCAAUUACAGCCACCUGUUUUCGGUGCAAGGAUCGCAGCCUGACCUGAUGCCGUACAUGCUGCUGGCCCAUAUUGAUGUAGUGCCUGCCUCAGAGUCGGAUGGCUGGGAGGCUCCACCAUUUUCUGCUGCGGAGAUAGAUGGCUUCAUCUAUGGUAGAGGGACCAUCGACGACAAGGGCUCUUUAAUGGGAAUACUUCAGGCUCUGGAGUACUUGCUGAUAAAAGGCUAUGCUCCACGCAGAGGAUUUUACAUUGGACUUGGUCAUGAUGAAGAAGUCAAUGGUUACAAGGGAGCAAUGAACAUUGUGCGUGCACUGAAGCAGCGUGGUGUGCAGCUGUCGUUUGUCCUGGACGAGGGCCUGGCUGUGCUUGAUGGAGUCAUCAGUGGUCUUGAAGGACCUGCCGCUCUAAUUGGGAUAAGUGAGAAGGGUUCUGCCACUGUAAAGCUCAGUGUGUCUAUGGUUCCUGGUCACUCCUCAAUGCCUCCCAGGGAGACCAGCAUUGGGAUCUUGGCUGCAGCAGUCAAAAGACUAGAGGAGAACCCUAUGCCGAGAUUAUUUGGUCAUGGACCUGAAUAUGGAACAUUUGAGCAUCUGGCGCACAAGUUUGGGCUCCCACUGAAGUUUAUAAUGUCGAAUUUGUGGCUGUUUGCCCCACUUAUUGGCAGAGUACUUGAAAGAAAACCAGACACUAAUGCUUUUGUGAGGACAACAACAGCAGUCACCAUGUUUAAUGCAGGAGUUAAGGUGAAUAUCAUCCCUUCCCUCGCUGAAGCUCAUGUAAAUCUACGAAUCCACUCAGCACAGUCUUUACAAGAGGUCCUGGACCUAAUCCAGUCUACAGUUGGGGACCAGCGAGUGAAGAUAGAGUUUGUUGAGGGGUUUGACCCUCUGCCCGUCAGCUCUGCUGAUGAAAAGUCCUUAGGCUUCCAGAUCAUUAAGAAAACUGUGUUGGACAUGUUUCCAACAGUAACAGUUGCUCCAGGCAUCUGUGUUGGGAACACAGACAGUCGACACUUCAAGGACCUGACGAAUGAUAUUUAUCGCUUCGUCCCUGUCUGGUUUAAACCAGGUGAUGCUCAGAGAUUCCAUGGCAUCAAUGAACGGAUUUCCAAAAAGAACUAUGAGGACCUCGUAGUAUUUUACUUCAGUCUGAUUCAAAACUGUGACAUUCAGAAGCUCCCUGAGCCUCACAGCUCUGCCCAUGAACUCUAAGGAACAGAAAGAAUGGUAAUAACACAAAUGCAACUCAAUGGUUUGUGUUAGUAUUAGUAUGAAUUAUUUCAACAGCACCUAAUGUGACCUUGACUUGCUAUAUAAUGACUAUAUUUCAGACAAAAUUAUGUUAUUUUACAGCCAGAGGGUACAAUUCUACUUUUCACUUCAAUCAUAGCGUCAUAUAAACAAUGGACUCAAGCAUAUUUAAUGACAUACAGUAUUGCCUGAACAUGAACAUGGGAUAACUAUGUGGCAUAACUAUAUGAGACUGCUGUAAUGAUUUUUGAAUUUACAAUCCUGAUGGUACUAUUUAAUGAAAUUGCAUUUUUGUUGAGCUGCUGGUUCUUACUGUGGAAAUGCUGAAUGGUGAUAUUUCAAAAUUUAUUUUUUUUUAAAUUUUUUUUGUUGAAUCACAUACAGUAGUAGAAGAAUUCUAUGCUAGGCUUGGGUAAUAUCUAUUUUUUCAUACCCUUCUGAAUUUCACCGGGGUAUAUGACGGUGUUAUUGCUCCAACAAUUGCCGUCUCUAUUUUGGUCAAAACAAAUCCUUAAUUAACAGAGUGAGAUGUGAAAUAUUUAGUUGUGCAGUCUCUCUGCCGUUGUGGCUGUUCACAGUCCUAUAAUGGCAUCCCGAACACUGGCUGGAGCGAUGUCUUUCAGCUCAGCUGCCUGUUUCAACAGCAGAGACUGACCUCUGGUGGCGCUUGCUGUGCACUACACACAAUGAGUUUUAAUAGAGAGGUGUGCAUCUGAAUAUUCAAUGGUACUGAAAAUCAUCCUGCUAUGAUUCCUAAAUACCCUGAUAUACUUUAAUAUCAUGAUACUGCCCAAGUUUAUUCUGUAUUAUCACUGACUGAUUCUUUACAAUGAAUCAUGAUAUAUAAAGGUGUUUUGAAUAUGCACACCAUCUUGAGACAGGCAUUGUAAAACAGUACAAAUAACUUUUAAUGGCGGACUAGCUGGGAUUGGCUCCAGCCCCCCCGCAACCCUUACGAGGACAAGCAGUUACAGAAAAUGACUGACUG